CGCACCUUUUCCUCAUCGCUCAUUCGCAUAAAACGUGACCGCGUAAAAUCGCCUCGAAAGCCCCACAUCACGUCUUUUCUUCACUGUUUAUAAAUUUCGUGCGUUUCGUCCCAAAACACUAACACCAAAAUGAACAUCAAUAACACUUACUGCACCACCGAUCCCGAAACGCGUAAAAAAAUCCUCGACCAUUUCAAAAUAAAUCCCGCGAGUUUAAAACGUGAUGUUGAUAUUAUCAAGGAAUGGAUCAAGCAAAACCCGCAUUUCCCGCAAGGGACGCAAGAUGACGAUUUUAUUGAGAAAUUGUUGCUGAAGAAUAAGUUCAGUGUGACUGCGACCAAGGACCGGAUUGAAAAGUAUUACACUUUGAAGGCGAUCCAGGCCGACGAUAUGGCCAAAAUUCGCUCGGCUUUGCCCAAAGAAACGGCACCAAUGAUAAUUCCGUUACCCAAACUUACGGAUAAGUUGGAACGCAUCAUUAUUAUGAAAGCGAACAAAAACAUGAAUUUUAUGGAUUCGGAGGCGGUUCAAAAAUCUUUCAAAUUAUCACUGGUCGUGAGCGAAUACGGCCUGAGAUGCGACUUUAGCGUGUCCCACAGGAUUAUCCAGGACUUUGAAGGAUUUGAUCCCGAACAGUUCAGACAGUACGCCAUCUCGUUGGCCACUUUCCCAAAACCAUACGCUGGGGCUUAUUUCGCCCGAGUGGCUGGGGUUGAAUACAUAAAUGUGCCCCCAAUGGUCGAGAAUUUCUUCAAAGGGAUGCGCAACUUUGUCACUGAUAAAAUAUUCAGAAGGUUUACAGUGCAUAAAAAUUACGAGUCGCUUCACAAAAACAUAAACAAGGCCUAUUUGCCGCCCGAAUACGGGGGCGAGUUGAAAACACCCCUCAGUGAGUUGAUCGAUGCUUGGAAUAAGGAGGUUGAGACCAAUUUGGAGGUGCUGGAGAAAUUGGUGGUGGAGGAGGUGGCGAGGGAGCAUUUGAGGGUGGGGAAGGCGAGGUUUGAUGAUAUUUUUGGGGUCGAUGGGACCUUCAAACAACUGGAGAUUGAUUAAAAAUUUAUUCGAAAAAAUCGUCGGAAAAUAAAU